CAUCCAUCUCUGCACUACUCCACUACACACACCAUGCUCCGCGCCUCGACAUCCCGCCUGCCCCUCCUCGCGCGCGGCUUCGCGCAGGCCGCCGCCGCUGCCCCCGCCGCGGAACACGCCGCCCCCGCCACCCGCCCACGGACACUGGGAUAUCUCGUUGAGAGGAGCACACAGGGCAACCUGCCCGUGUAUUCCGAGUACCGCAAUGCGCGGAGCAACCGGCUCACGGUUGUGCGCAAGGUUUCGGGGGAUGUUGGGGCCCUCCGCAACGACAUCGCGCAGUACCUUGCCGACGGGCACAUUGACCCCCUCCGGGCGCCGCCCAAGGUCUACAUCCGCCCCACGUCGGGGCACGUCGAGAUCAAGGGCCACUGGGUCGAGGAGAUCAAGGAGUGGCUCGCCAUGCGCGGCUUUUAGAGAUGGCAUUGUAUACGUUUGCGGGGUGAUGGGGGAAACUGUGCUCACG